CGCUGGGGUGGGUGAAGGAUCUCAAGAUGGCUGGGCGAAAACUUGCUCUAAAAACCACUGACUGGGUAGCUUUUGGGGAAAUCAUACCCCAAAACCAGAAGACCAUUGCUAACACCCUGAGGAAUGAGACCCUCACCUCCAGGUUGGCUACUCUAUCUAAGAAACCACCUGCUAUUGACUGGGCUUACUUCAAGGCCAAUGUAGGGAAGGCCGGCUUAGUAGAUGACUUUGAGAAGAAGUUUAAUGCCCUGAAGGUUCCUGUGCCAGAGGAUAAAUACAGUACCAUGGUGGAUGCUGAAGAAAAAGAUGUGAAAAGAAGUUGUGCUGAGUUUGUGUCUCUCUCAAAGACCAGGAUUGAGCAAUAUGAGAAAGAGCUGGAGAAGAUGAAGAACAUAAUUCCAUUUGACCAGAUGACCAUCGAGGAUUUGAAUGAAGUCUUCCCAGAAACCAAAUCAGACAAAAAGAAGUAUUCCUAUUGA